ACAAGCAAUGUUCACGAAUGAAUCAGAGGGUAGAGAGAGAUAAAUGGGCAGCCUAAUGUACAUUUCUCGGCUGCUCGAUGGAUGACAUCGAAGCCAGAAGCACCCUUUUAGCGGCAAAAUAAUCUUGCUCGAGGCUUUGUACCCUCGGUUUUGUUCCCGGUUGUUGGUACACCUAUGAUGGAACGGGCGAUGGAGCAACUAAACGUAAAUCUGAACAGGCUGACCUUUCUGCGUCGCGCCAGGACCCUCGAUCUCCCAGAAGACAAUGACACCGCAGUCUACACACUAAUGCCAAUGGUUAUGGCUGACCAGCACAGGUCGGUUUCUGAAUUACUCCUCAACUCCAAGUUUGAUGUGAACUACGCUUUCGGACGAGUCAAGAGAAGUCUACUUCACAUUGCUGCCAACUGUGGAUCAGUGGAGUGCCUGGUUCUACUGCUAAAGAGAGGAGCRAACCCUAACUACCAGGACAUCUCAGGCUGCACCCCUCUGCACCUGGCUGCCAGAAACGGACAGAAAAAGUGUAUGGGAAGACUACUAGAAUACAAUGCAGACGUGAACAUCAGCAACAAUGAGGGACUGACAGCUAUCCACCCGUUGACUGUGAACGGGCGGACUGAGCUGCUUCAUGAUCCGGUGCAGCAUGUGACUAACGUGGAUGUAGAGGAUGUCAUGGGACAGACCGCCCUUCAUGUAGCCUGCCAGAACGGACACAAGACUACGGUGCAGUGCCUGCUGGACAGUGGAGCGGACAUMAACAGACCUAACUGCUMKGGKGCCACACCCCUCUACUUCGCCUGCAGGUCACUACGUACACUAGUACAGGAACUCAGGCAGGUUCGUGUCUCCCAGCAGUGUGACAGUCACUACCAGAUGAUCCUGACCAGUCUAGCAGAGGUGGCCACUACUAAUGGACACAAACUCCUCAGUCAGCGGACGAGCUGGGGAAGAGAAGGGGAAGAGCCCUCCUCAUCCUCAGGGAGCGAGAUCGCCUCCCUCCUCCUCAAACAACGUGGCGAGGUCGACUCCGCCUCCACCCCUGCCGUCUUCACGGUGGCACCGUUGACAAGAGGACCCCGAAGGUUGUUAUGGAAAAUGCCGGAGGUAUACACGGAUGGAGAGGAUGUCAUCUCUAUGACGGCCAAUCGGCUCAGCGCGGUGAUCCAGGCCUUCUACAUGUGCUGUUCCUGUCAGAUUCCACAGGGAAUGACGUCUCCUCGCUUCAUAGAGUUUGUCUGCAAGCAUGAYGAGGUUCUCAAAUGUUUCAUAACCAGGAAUCCAAAGAUCAUCUUUAACCAUUUCCACUUCCUGUUGGAAUGUCCAGAGCUAAUGUCCCACUUCAUGCACAUAAUCAAAGGCCAGGUGAGACCUGAGCGCUGUGAGUGGUUCUAUGAGCACCUAUUGGCAGGACAGCCAGACUCAGACAUGGUCCAUCGAACUGUCAACGAGAACGACAUCCUGCUAAUCCACAGAGAGUCCAUAUUCAGCAGUAGCCGUGCGAUGGUUUCCAAAUCGACCAAUGAGGAGUUCAAACAGGGCAUCGCCGUACGAUUCCAUGGAGAGGAAGGAAUGGGCCAGGGUGUGUUGAGGGAGUGGUUUGACGUCCUGUCCAAUGAGAUCAUCAAUGCAGACUAUGGCCUCUUCACCCAGUCAGCGGACGGCACCACGUUCCAGCCCAACAGUAACUCGUCAGUGAACCUUGAUCAUCUGAACUACUUCCGGUUUGCGGGUCAGAUCCUGGGGUUGGCUCUUUACCACCGUCAGCUGGUCAACAUCUACUUCACCCGCUCCUUCUACAAACACAUACUGGGCAUCCCAGUGAACUACCAGGAUGUGUCGUCCAUCGAUCCAGAGUAUGCCAAGAAUCUGCAGUGGAUCCUGGACAACGACAUCAGCGACCUGKGACUGGASCUCACCUKCUCUGUGGAAACAGACGUGUUCGGCGCCAUGGAGGAGGUGCCACUCAAACCUGGCGGGACUAGCAUCAUUGUCACCCAGGACAACAAGGCGGAGUAUGUCCAGUUGGUAACAGAGUUGAGGAUGACUCGAGCCAUCCAACCCCAGAUAAAUGCCUUCCUGCACGGGUUCCACACCUUCAUUCCCCCCUCCCUCAUCCAGCUCUUUGAUCAAUAUGACUUGGAGCUGUUGCUUUCUGGGAUGCCAGAGAUCGAUGUGCAGGACUGGCACAGGAACACAGAAUACACCAGUGGCUAUGACCUGGAGGAACCUGUCAUCCAGUGGUUCUGGAAGGUGGUAGAAAGCCUUACCCAAGAGGAGAGGGUCCUGCUGUUGCAGUUUGUCACUGGCAGUUCCAGGGUACCUCAUGGUGGCUUUGCCUUUCUGAUGGGAGGUAGUGGCUUACAGAAGUUCACUAUUGCCUCUGUACCCUACACAUCAAACCUACUGCCUACCUCCAGCACCUGCAUCAACAUGAUGAAACUCCCAGAAUACCCCAGCCAGGAGGUCCUGCGGGACAGGCUGCUGGUCGCACUGCAUUGUGGGAGUUACGGGUACACCAUGGCGUGACGCUGGCUGCAGCUACGUCUCAGCGGGACUCCUCUGGUCCAUGCACACGAGAGUGUGUGUGCGCAUUGGCAUGGACACACAUCAGUGCAGGGAAUGCAUCCAACACUUCCUAAUCCAGACAUAUUUCACCUUUCUAUGUGGCAUAUUUCACCUUUCUAUGUGACAUAUUUCACCUUUCUAUGUGGCAUAUUUCACCUUUCUAUGUGGCAUAUUUCACCUAUCUAUGCGGCAUAUUUCACCUUUCUAUGCGGCAUAUUUCACCUAUCUAUGUGGCAGUUUGUUUUAGCUGGGUAUAUUCUAUUCUACAGCCAGAACAAGGUAUGAUUUUUAUAAGAUUAACAAGCUCCCAGUCAUUUCAACCCAAUUGAAGGCAAAGGAAAUGUGAUACCCCUGAUUUCACUCUGAACUGCCAAAAACAUGUUACCAUGGUCACAACAACAACUCUAGCCAGACCUCUUAUCCACUACAGACUGGCURCACAGCAUCCCUCCCACGGCGUGAAGCCAGUCRGCUGCCUUCCUUUAAGUCUCUCUCCUUUGACAUUCUUCUCCUGUAACAUGGUAAUAUGGAAUGAUCUGGUUGGUGUGUAUUUCAGAAUUGG